CACCCGCAAAGCAACCCUGGGCUGAACGCAGUGUCCAAAACACUCCACUGCCGGGUUUAUGCCGUGCGUCUCUUCUCUGAUUCCCCCACCCCUACGCCAAAAGAAUAACAAAACCCCUCGCAUGUGCUGUGCCUUCUCAAAAAAAACCCUAUUUCAAUCGCACUCUUUGCGAAGAAGAAGGGAACUCCACUACUUAAUCUCCAAAAUACUCCCAAUUCUUCCCAAAUGCCUGGGAUUAGAAGUUCUAAGGACUACAUCAAAGGCUCUCUCGACAGAAUCCAUGUCGAGAGCCGGACUUCCCCUUCCUUCCUUUCAGCCGCAGCGCAGCGCAGCACCAAAGCCGUUGCCGUUACCACUGAUGUCUCCCUUCGACGUUCAAUUUGAAAAAAAGACAUUCGCCUCCGCGUUUAUGGUGUCUUGGCUGCUGUUUGUCCAACUUACAUCCAACUCCUACGUGAGCUUUAGGCCGCGGGACCCAACACCCACGCCAUCACCAUCACCAUCAACUGGGCUCAGUGACGUUGAUCCUCACCAUCAUCGUCAAAAGAGCCUGAAAGGAAAGGAAACCAGAAGGUGUAUAAUAUCUAAAAGCCCGGACCCAUCCUAGUUACUAGCUAGCUCGCUCAUUAACCAGACAUGAAAAGCAUGGCGUCUGGCAAAACCCAAAACAUCUCAAGCUCGUUCAGCAAUCGAUCUUGCACGGCGUGCGGGACGGUCAGGCAUUCAAUGUACCCGCCCGGUCAAAACUCCCCUCUAGAUGCAUCAUAGUCAUACAGUUUUUCUCCUCGCUUGCACGUCUCCUCUUCCUCUCUUGCAAUGCUUACGCAUUCCCGGGCUUCUC